CAGAGCUUCACUGGGAUAGCAGGCACAGGGGUGUCCAGGACUGAGGCUGAUGAGGCUGAGCUCAGCGUGAAGGUUAACAAAGGUCAUCGUUCUAACUCCAGCAGCAUCGCGGCUUCCUCCAGUAACAGCUGUCCGCCGGAAAAAAGAAGAGCUACUCGGGUUCUCCUUAAGAAAUUCGUUUACCAGGAGUAUGACCCAAGUGAUGACCAACGACAUGUACAGCUAUACCUACGAAGAGCAAGAAUACAUGAACCAAGAAGAUGAAUGGGACCGAGACAUGCUCCUAGACCCAGCAUGGGAAAAGCAACAACGAAAGACAUUUACAGCUUGGUGCAAUUCACAUUUACGAAAAGCUGGCACAGAGAUUGAGAACAUUGAAGAAGAUUUCAGAAAUGGACUGAAAUUAAUGCUCCUACUUGAAGUCAUCUCAGGGGAGAGGCUGUCAAAGCCAGACCGAGGCAAAAUGCGCUUCCACAAAAUUGCCAAUGUCAACAAAGCUUUGGACUAUAUUGCCAGCAAAGGAGUGAAGUUGGUUUCAAUAGGAGCAGAAGAAAUUGUUGAUGGAAAUGUGAAAAUGACCCUUGGUAUGAUCUGGACAAUCAUCCUGCGUUUUGCUAUUCAGGACAUAUCAGUAGAAGAAACCUCUGCAAAAGAAGGAUUACUUCUAUGGUGCCAGAGGAAGACUGCCCCCUACCGUAAUGUGAACAUCCAGAAUUUCCAUACCAGCUGGAAAGAUGGCCUAGGCCUAUGUGCCCUGAUCCACAGACACCGGCCUGAUCUCAUUGACUACUCCAAGCUAAAUAAGGAUGACCCUGUUGGAAACAUUAACCUAGCCAUGGAGGUUGCAGAAAAAUAUUUAGAUAUACCAAAGAUGUUAGACGCUGAAGAUAUUGUAAACACUCCUAAACCUGAUGAGAGAGCUCUCAUGACCUAUGUAUCCUGUUUUUACCAUGCAUUUGCUGGAGCAGAACAGGCGGAGACCGCGGCUAAUCGUAUCUGCAAAGUGCUUGCUGUGAACCAGGAAAAUGAGAAAAUGAUGGAAGAGUACGAGAGACUGGCAAGUGAGCUCUUGGAAUGGAUCAGACGCACAAUACCAUGGCUGGAAAACCGCACUCCUGAGAAGAGUUUGCAAGCCAUGAUGAAAAAACUGGAUGAUUUCCGAGACUACCGUCGGCGGCACAAACCCCCCAGAGUGCAGGAGAAAUGUCAACUGGAGAUAAACUUCAAUACCUUACAGACAAAGCUGAGAAUAAGCAAUAGACCUGCAUUUAUGCCAUCUGAAGGCAAGAUGGUUUCAGAUAUUGCAAACGCUUGGCAGAGGUUGGAGCAGGGUGAAAAGGGGUAUGAAGAGUGGCUGCUUAAUGAGCUGAGGAGGCUUCAAAGACUUGAUCAUUUGGCUGAGAAAUUUAGGCAGAAGUCAACCACACAUGAAACAUGGUCUUCUGGAAAGGAGCAAAUGCUAACUCAGAAAGACUAUGAGGGCUCAUCUUUGACAGAAGUGCGCGCACUACUGAGGAAACAUGAGGCCUUUGAAAGCGAACUGGCCUCCCGCCAAGACCGAGUGGAGCAGAUUGCUGCCAUCGCCCAGGAGCUGAAUGAGCUGGACUAUCAUGAUGCAGCCAGAAUUAAUGAACGAUGCCAAAAGAUUUGUGAACAAUGGGACAAACUUGGAACAUUAACUCAAAAACGGAGGGAAGCUCUUGAGCGAGCUGAGAAGCUACUGGAAACUGUUGAUCAUCUUCACCUGGAGUUUAUCAAGAGGGCAGCACCUUUCAACAUCUGGAUGGAGGGAGCCAUGGAGGAUCUCCAGGACAUGUUCAUUGUCCACAGCGUGGAGGAGAUUCAGAAAUUAAUUACCGCUCAUGAGCAAUUUAAAGCCACACUGCCGGAAGCGGACAGCGAAAGACAAGCAAUUAUAGGCAUCCAGAGUGAGGUGGAGAAAGUGAUUCAGAGCUAUAACAUUAGAGUGUCUUCAGUUAAUCCAUAUAGCACUAUUACCCUGGAAGAACUCCGCACCAAGUGGGAGAAGGUGAAAAGGCUUGUGCCUACUAGAGACCAGUCUUUGCAAGAAGAACUUGCACGUCAACAAGCUAAUGAGCGCUAUCGCCGACAAUUUGCUGCUCAGGCAAAUGUCAUAGGACCAUGGAUUCAGAGCAAGAUGGAGGAGAUUGCUCGCGGCUCCAUUGAUCUAAGUACAACACUUGAAGAUCAGAUGAAUAAUCUCAAGCAGCAAGAACAUAACAUUAUCAAUUACAAGCAUAACAUUGACAAACUGGAAGGCGAUCACCAGAUUAUUCAGGAGUCGCUCAUCUUUGAUAACAAGCACACUAAUUACACUAUGGAGCACAUCCGCGUGGGUUGGGAGCUCCUGCUAACUACAAUAGCAAGAACAAUCAAUGAAAUCGAAACUCAGAUGCUUACACGGGACGCCAAAGGCAUAACACAGGAACAGAUUAAUGAAUUCCGCUCUUCAUUCAAUCAUUUCGACAAGAGAAAAAAGGGGAUGAUGGAUCAUGAUGACUUCAGGGCCUGUCUUAUUUCAAUGGGUUACGAUCUGGGUGAAGCAGAGUUUGCUCGGAUUAUGGUUCUGGUUGAUCCCAAUAAUUCGGGAACAGUGUCUUUCCAGUCAUUUAUUGACUUUAUGACAAGGGAGACAGCUGAAACGGAUUCAGCCGAACAAGUUGUCGGUGCGUUCAGAAUUCUGGCUGCAGAUAAGCCGUACAUAUUAGCUGAUGAACUUCGGAGAGAGCUUCCUCCUGAUCAAGCCCAGUACUGCAUUUCCAAGAUGCCUCCGUACACUGGUCGGGGUGCCGUUCCUGGGGCUCUGGAUUAUUCCUGUUUUUCAACUGCUUUGUAUGGAGAAAGUGACCUGUAAUUAUAUUCCUGUAGGAUGCUCGGCUCCAACCCUAAAAUGUAGAUGGUGUGCUCGCAGCAUUGAAUGAGCUUAAAAGGAAACGUGCAUUAAAAGUAUAUGUGCUUAAAGGGCAGUGUCACACUGAAA